CCAAAUAAUCGAAUCCCCGCGCAAUUUAAAUCGUGUCUUCGUCCUCCUCAACCAGUCGAAGGGACUGUAGAGAGAGAGAGAGAGAGAGAGAGAGAUGAAGAGGAAGAACUUGAAGAGGAGCGGCGGCGGCAGCGGGAAGACGGGAGGGCGGAAGAAGACGAAGGGACCGCUGUCGAGGAGCUUGCAGCCUGGUCAGCAGGCUCAGCUGUUCUCCCUUCGCCCCCAGCCGCCUCCUCCCUCGUUUCCCCCAUUUCAGAGCCUCCAAGACUCGGAUUCAGCUCCGCUGGAGCCUCACCGGCAUACUAUGCCAGCUCACGACUUCGACGCCCCUGACGCCAACCUCGAUUUCAUCCUCAGUCAGGAUUUCUUCUGCACUCCCGAUUACAUCACGCCGGAUAAUCAGAACUUACUGAACAGUGUCAAUUUCAAUAAGGAGAACACUCCUUGCCCGAAGUCACCGGAGAAAGUAAAAACUGCGAGCAAAACAAGUGGACGAGGAACUGAUAGCAUCUCAUUAAAUCCAUUGAGUCCCUCACUAUCUGGUUGUCCACACAUAGAAGAACUUGAGGAGGAUACUCUUGAAAGAGAUGAAGCUAAGACAGAGAAAACAUCGGUGAAGGGGAAUAAAAAGGUCCACAGUUAUGUGCCACAAUCUGCUGUUGCUUUACGCUGCCGGGUGAUGCCUCCUCCUUGCAUUAAGAACCCAUACCUCAAUGAAGGUUCAGAUAUAGAGAUAGAUCCUUUUGGUAAUCGAAGAUCAAAAUGUGCAGGUUUCUUUCCUGCAAUAAUUGGUGGAGAUGGGCUCUCACGUUAUCAUACAGAUUUCCAUGAAAUUGAGCAAAUUGGUACUGGGAACUUCAGUCGCGUUUUCAAAGUUUUGAAGAGGAUUGAUGGCUGUUUAUACGCUGUGAAACAUAGCACAAGGCAGUUACAUCAUGACACGGAAAGGAGAAAAGCUUUGAUGGAAGUUCAAGCUUUAGCUGCUUUAGUAUCUUCGUUCACAGGGUCUCAUGAGAACAUCACGAGUUACUACUCUUCUUGGUUUGAAAAUGAGCAGCUCUACAUUCAGAUGGAGCUCUGUGACUACAGCUUAUCUGUUGGAAAGUCUUCUCAAUCAUUCACUGAGAAUGAAGCGUUGAAAGCCCUAUAUCAGAUUGCAAAGGCAUUGCAGUUCAUACACGAUAGAGGUAUUGCCCACCUAGACGUGAAGCCUGAUAAUAUUUACGUCAAGAACAGUGUUUAUAAGCUUGGUGACUUUGGUUGUGCAACUCCAUUGGAUAAGAGUCUUCCUAUAGAGGAGGGUGAUGCCCGCUACAUGCCCCUAGAAAUCCUGAAUGAUGUUUAUGAUCAUUUGAGCAAGGUCGAUAUAUUUUCUCUGGGGGCUGCCAUUUAUGAGCUUGUGAGGGGUUCUCCUUUACCGGAUUCAGGCCCGCAGUUUCUAAAUCUUAGGGAGGGAAGACUUUCUCUUCUUCCGGGCCAUUCGUUGCAAUUCCAGAAUUUACUCAAGAUGAUGGUGGAUCCUGAUCCAAGGCAGCGGCCUUCUGCAAAAGACUUGGUACAAAAUCCAAUCUUCGACAGAGUUAGGAGGAAUGCGAACACAUAAUCAAAUUCAAACUUAGCCCAGUAAAGAAGGUAUAUUAUGGAAUUAUUGUUCUUUGCUGUUACGUGCACCAAUUUUGUACACAAGCACGGUGCCGGUGUUGUAAAUUAUGAUAAAAAAAAAUAUGGGCAUAUUCAUACAUUGAAUUCAUGCUACGGCAAUUCUCGAAGUUGUACGUUCAUUAGAAAGUUCAUUCU